AUGACAUCCUCCAGCGCUGUGGAAGACGAACGGCUAACCGACUCGGAUUUAUCCGAUGAUGAAGAGCACAAGGUGGAGGUACAGCAGGAGGAGAUUCGUCCGCCAACGCCGCGGCCAACAUAUACAGAUGAGGAUCUCAAUCAAUUGCUUGAGGCUAUACAGCGCAUGACCACGCUGUACUCGCUAAAUCAACAGGAUUGGCAUGAAGAAUCGCUGGACAAUAUACGCCGCUGGCUGCUCGAGGUCAAUGAACCCCUGCUGACCAUUUUCUAUGCCGAGAAUACACUCACCGCUUGUCUGGGCUUUCCUACCCAGCCGGUGGAUGACAUAAGCUACUUUUUUCGCGGCGAGCCCAACGAGAUAUUCACCGUUGAUGGCUUCCACGACGAGAUUCACUUUGGCACCAUACACAGCGAUGUCGAUGGCUGUUGGAUGCGUCUGCUCGAGCGCUUCUAUGCGCCCAUCUUUCGCAACUACAAAGAUUGGAACCAGACGGUGCGCGCCCGCUUCUGCGCCAGCCUCGACAAGCUGUUGGCCUUUCUGUUCGCCAUGAACUCCAAGAUUGGCGGCAUAACGGCCCUCUAUGUGCCAUUUGUGCUGCAUCAGAUUGGCGGCGAGCAAAUCGUCUGCGACAGGCCGCUCUUCAAUAGCCUGGAAAGCAUUGCCGUCUACUGGACAACCCAGAUACGCACCGUGAUAGGCGAUCGCACUUUGAUGGCAGCCAACGAGUUGGCCACAAUGAAUGAUGAGUACGAGUUCUGGCUGUACCGCUUGGAGGUGCUGCAGGGCUUGAAUUCGCAGCUGGAACAGUUCGAUGUGCAGCGCAUCCUUAAGGUGUUGCGCCAGUGGCAAUCUGUGCACAUGCCCCAAAUCGAGGAGCUGCUGGAGGCCGCCAAGCUGGAGCAGGACUUGGCCAUGUCGAAUAUAAAAUAUCUGCAUUUGCUUGUGGAGCCUUGCGCCAAAAUUGAUGAGUCCGCGUCGCCGGCGACCGUGUCGCAAUUGUUGCCGCAUAUCAUUCACCUGCUGCGCUUCAUUUGGCUGAACUCGGAACACUACCGGAGCCCAGAUCGCAUCACCAUACUCUUUCGGAAUCUAAGUAAUCAGAUCAUAAAGUACUGCACGGCGCAGAUAGAUCUCAAUAAUAUAUUGGCCGGUCAGCCUCGCUUGGGCAUCAAGCUGUGCGAUCUGUCGCUGGACUGUUGCCUGGCCUACAAGGAGCACACGUGCCGGCUGCAGGAGAACUGCGGCUGGCAACUGGACCUGGGCAUCAUAUUCAAUCAUGUGCAUGCUUUUAUGGAGCGUCUCGGCGAUCUGAAGGACAUAUGCGAGGCGAUGAUUGUAUUUGGACGCCUCGACGAGCAGGAGACCCAAACGCAGACCCAAUUCGGCGGCACCAGCGGCGAGGAGCUGGAGAAGAUUGCGGUCAGCGUGCAGCAACAAUUUCUCGAGACGCUGCAACAAUUGCGCAGCUGCAAGACGCAGCAGCUCAUGUUAAAUGUGCAUCGCGGCGAAUGGUACGACCAGAUGGCCAGCUAUCGGCGGGGGGUGCAGCGCCUGGAGGAGACGCAGCAGCGUCUCAUUGCGAACGUGUUUCAGCGCGUGUGCAACGUGGAGGAGGCACUGGAGGCGCUAAACGUACUGCUCUACUUCUCGUACCAUGCCACGCUACGCAAAUGCUAUCUCCGCCAGGUGGGCCACGUGUGGCAGCUGUUCGGUGAGGACAUGGACGAGACAACGCGCCAGCUGCUGCAGCUGCGUCGCCAGCAGCACGAGUCCUGGCUGCCGCGCCACGUCUCCCACGCCCUGGCCUAUCGCAUCAAUCUGGAGCGCUUGACCUGGCUGCACAGUCGCCUGGCCGCAAGCAGCGCCGCGUGGCUGCCGCCUGUGCCGGAGGCGAGCGCCGUGCUCGCCAAGUUCGAGCUGCUGCGCACGGAGUUCGAGCGGCAGAUGCGUCUUUCCUACGAGAACUGGCAGCAGCUGUAUGCCGACUGCGGGCCCAAUCUUUGCCAGAAACUGGAGCGUUAUCUGCUGAUGCGCAGCAGGCAGCCGCAGGCCUUGCUCCAAUGCAACAUGGACGCGAGCGCGUUGCACGUCUGCCUGGAGGCCGAGCACUUUGAGCGCCUGGCCUUUGCGGUUCCUCUGGCCAUGCGCAGGCUAUACGAGCGCCAUGAGACGCUGCGCCUGGUGUGGUACAGCGUGCUGCACUUGUGCCUGGACUACAAUCGCCUGCUGAACUCGUUGACGGCGCGGGAGCGCAAGCUGUUUCGCCCACUGAUCCAGGCCCUCGAUCGCCAGCUGGCGCCGGGCAUCUACAAGCUAACCUAUGGUGCCAUUGUGGAGCCGGGCGACGGUUACGCCCAGUGGCUGGAGGAUUGUGUGCAGCAGCUGGAGCAGCUGCGUCAGAUUAUCCAGAUCUACAAGCGCGCCAAUCAACAGAUUGUCAGAAUUUGCGAGCGCAUCUGCGACACGUCCAUGUUGCGCCUGAACUUUGUUGGCGCCGUGGAGAUCUCCGCCUUCGAGCAGCAGCUCAGCAGCUGCCUGAGUUGCGGCAACAGUGCGUUGCGCAAGUACUACAACACCAUUGUCGAGCUUUUGCUGGCCGUGUCCCUAGAGUUCGACGAGGUUAAAGACGAGCUGGCGAGCGACUGGCAUCGAUAUGUGAAUGUCCUGGACGAUAUGCUGGCCAGCUCUUUUGUCAGCUGCGCGCGCAGCUCCCUGGAAUUGCUGCUGGCUGCGCUGCACUGCGAUGAGGACAUGGCGCCUGCGCCCAUUUUAGUUAUGGAAUCCGACGUCAAGGACUCUCGGAUUGUGCUCACGCCCGACAUGCCGACAAUUGGCGCCGUGCUGCGCGGCACAGUCGAUCGCGUCCAGAGCCUGGUGGAUCAGUUUCCACGGCUGGGCUACAAGUUGAAGUUGCCGAAGGCGCAGCGACGUCCGAAUUUUGCAAGAGAGUUUCGUGAGGAUGCCGAAUGCUCGGAGCUGGUGCGCCGCAUUGAGGCAGAGAUUGCCCGGCAGCUGGAGCAGAUGGACUUGUAUGUGAGCCAUUGGCAGCAGCAUUAUGCGCUCUGGGAGCUGACGGAGGAGGCAUUUACCCAGCGAGUGCUGGCCAGCGCGAAGACUGCGGGUGUCUUCGAGGGCGGCAUCGAGCACUACAGCUCGCUGGCCGAUGACAUUACUUUCGUGGAUGCCAUUGCCCAUGUGCACUUUGUGCUCAUCAAUCAGAAUCCCAUCAAGAGCACCCUCCUGGACUGGAUCGAGAAGUGGCAGGCACUGAACAUUAAGAUUCUGCUGGAUCAUGCAACGGCACUAAUUCAAUCCGUCUAUCGCUAUAUGGAACGCAAUGAGCGCAAAGUGAUGCGGGUGCCACGCACGCACAGUGAAACGAUUCUGGCCAACCAGCUGUUCGAGCGCCUGGUGAAGGCCUUGCCCCUGAAACAGUCGACGUUCACGCCCAUGCUGGAGCUGUUCGUCCUGUUGCACAAGUAUCGGGUUACACUGGCGGAAGAAACGCGUCAACAGAUCGUCGAACUGGAGCCAAACUGGCUGCGCUAUAUCCAAACCCUUAGAGAUGCUGACGAAAUGCUUGACAACGAGGGGGAUGAGUAUAAGAUAAUGCUAACACAGCAAGCGGACAAGUUCAAGUUGAUCUUGCGGGAAUUUCAUGAGGAUUUUUUCUCAAAAAUGCCCAAAAAAUAA